CGCGUCAUUAAAGCCCACAAAGUGGUGCUCAGCUCCGGCUCGACGUACUUCAGGGACAUAUUCGCCGCAUUCAAGAAUCCAUUGCAGGUCCCGGUCCUCAUCAUCAAAGACAUGACUUUCCGGGACUUGAAGGCGAUCGUCGACUUCCUAUACCGCGGCGAAGUUGUCGUCCCCGUAGAACAGGUGUCCUCACUCUCCAAGAGUGCUCAGACACUGUUCAUCAAAGGUCUCGAAAAGUAUUUCAAUAACGCGGCGGUCGUUAAUGUGGCCAACAGUCAGACGCCGAGAGGGGCGGCAACUGUUGUGUCGGCGCCGACCGCUCACAACACAGCAGCUAAACGUUCUUCGGUCUCCACUUCUUCCGCAGUGAAGACUAAUAUUAAGGCCGAAAGUCGUGACAACGGAAGCGGUGGUAAACCACUAGCGAAACAAAACUUGUCGCCCAUCUCUGCGAAGAAAACCAAAAGCAAAUCAAAGAAUACACCGAACAAUACACCGAAUACUGAGACCAAACAACCCGUUCGCACGAGUUUGAGAAAUACUCGGCGACCAAACUAUAGACAAUUGUCUAACGGAGACUUCAAUAGCGAUGACGAGUUUAUGACUGACGAUAUGCCACUCUUUGAUCCGAGUGUCGCCUCUGGAAGCGCUUCAACUCAAGUGACAUAUAAGAGUCGAAUGUCUAGAAAAGUGAAACAAGAACUCCUCUAUAAUGAUGACUACGAAACGGAAGACGGAAUGCCAACACUCGAGGCGCAGGAGUUGUCUCAAGAAUCGGAUGCUUUUCAGAACAAUGACGACGAAGACAUGUAUCCACGAGUAGAAUACGAGUCCAAUGACUACGAAGACAAUAUGGAGGAUCUGGAGCCCAAUGGAGGCACGUCUUCACAGGACUAUACGGUUGAUGAGUUGGUGGACGCUAUGGAACCGCGCGGCACGUCUUCACAGGACUAUACGGUUGAUGAGUUGGUGGACGCUAUGGAACCGCGCGGUUUGAUCCGGAAUCCGGUUCAAGUGAUGCCGCGAAGAGUUAACAAACCGUUUGUCAGUCGAAACCGAAAAAGGAAAGGACACCAACGAAGAGGCCGACCGCCGAUGAAUCAGUCGAAGUCGACCCCAAACUCGACAGCAAUGCUCGGAGUUGGCGAAGGCUUCGAAGAAUUGGAAGAGACAACAACACCGCUGAUGACCAUUCAUCAAAGCACUCACCGUCCCAUCAAAACGGAUCCGGACAACUCAAACGGGCAGCUCAUCUCUUGCACGCUCUGUCCCCGAGUGUUCUCCCAAACGACGUCUCUAAGCAUUCACAUGAAGCGAGUCCACGGCGAUGACCAGAAGGAGCACAUCUGCCAUCUCUGCAAUAAGAAGUACUCGUGGAGAUCAGGUCUUUACAAACACCUGAGGACUCAUCGCCCGGUGUCUUCUUAG